AUGCCGCGAUCGGGAGCGAUGGCCCCGCGGCUUAUAUCGGUCAUCGGGUGUCUCCAUGUCGAUCAUAUCAUGGUCACCGAUCGGAUCCCAGACCGUGGAGAAAGUCACAAGGCGAAACAAUAUCACGAGGCGCUGGGUGGGAAAGGAGCCAAUUCGGCCAUCGCCGCCUAUCGAAGCUGCCAUAUCCGGCCCCCGGAUGGAAAGUUAGCCUCACCCGACGAGCGCAUCGACGACUCCAACGAGAAUGAGAUUGAAGUAUGUAUGGUGGGCGCCGUGGGAGACGACAAGUAUGCGCAAAUGUUCGAGGACGUCUUGCAGGACAAUGGAGUCGACGUGUCGCGGCUGCAGAAGGUGGAUGGCAUGACGGGAGUGAGUUUCGUCCUGGUCGAAAUCGCCAGUGGUGAGAAUCGCUGCACCUUUGCCAACAAUGCCAAUGAUGCGUUGACUGCCGACCACUUCACCCGCCUCGAGAAUCUUGCCAAUGGAAGGUCGCCGGAUCUGGUCAUCGCACAGAUGGAGAUUGAUCGCAAGGUGGUGGAGCAGAUGAUCGCCACGGCCGGUGCCGCGGGCAUCGAGUUCCUGCUCAACGCCGCCCCGGCAAACUACAUUCUAAGCAAGUUCUACCCGCUUAUCACACACCUGCUGUUGAACGAAACAGAGGCCGCCGAAAUGUCGGGCCGAGAGGUCGAAGAGGUCAAUCCGGACACGUGGCAAGAGAUUGUCGAGGACUUCCUGGCAAAAGGGGCGAAGAACGUGGUGCUCACGUUGGGAGCUCGCGGCGCUUUCUUUGGCAGGGCAGGGGAGUUUGGCCACGUCCCGGCUUAUAAUGUCAAGGUCCUGGAUUGCACGGGGGCAGGGGACACAUUCACCGGCGCCUACGCGACGGAUUAUCUGCGACAGAAGCAAAUGGGGCAAUGGGACAUCAGGCAGGCAGUCACCCAUGCUUGUAAAGCCGCGGCAUUGACCAUCACACGCAUUGGGGCCCAAGCAGGGAUUCCGUGGAUGGAUGAAAUAGACAGCUUCGAGGCGAAGGAAUUGUCUCCGGCAGGAGUCGAUGCUGCUUCUCGAUCGGCCACGAGUGCGUCAGAAGAAUUGUGA